AUGCACCGCAACGCUGUGGCGCUGCUCUUCUCACAGGGCGCCCUGGGAGGUCUGCUGCAUAGGCAGAAUGUAGCUCCUGCGCCAUCCGUGUCGCCGUUCCCUAUAAACGGGACCGUUGCCAACCCUCCCCCCAAUGCCACAGCCGGGGGACAGUUCACCACCGAGGUUGUCUAUACGACCAACAUCUACACGGUGACGUCUUGUGCGUCAGAUGUGACAGACUGCCCUGGCCGGACCACCAGCGAGGUCUCUCCCGUUUCGGUUAACACCGUAUAUGUCACUGCGUCCGGCACGGGUCUUCCGCCAGUCCCUACUGCAAAUGUCACGGGAGGUGGACAGUCCCAGCCGCCCCCCUUACCUUCGUUGUCUGGCUCCGACUCAGCUCUGAGCUCCAACUCUCCCGUCACAGAUGCCGGACAGGCUUCCUCGGGAAUCCCUUCGCUUCCAUCUGGCUCCCCUUCGGGACUACCUCCUCUGCCUACCGUCAACGUCACUGGUGGCGGAGGGCCACAAAACCCUGCGGCAUCUCCCUCGUCCUCCUCCGGAACGGCGCUUACCUCCAACUCACCCGUUACCGGCAGCGGUGCCCCAUCCGGAUCCGGCCUCCCUCCGCUGCCAUCCGGUCUGCCAUCCGGACGGCCCUCCGGGUUGCCCUCUGGCCUUCCUCCCCUGCCCUCUGCGAGUGCAGGUGGUAACGUAACCGGAGGGGCCCAGGUCCCUGGCGGUGCUCAGCCUGGCGGGCCAAACUCGGCACCGCCUCCAGCCAACGGCACUGCUGUUCCCAGCGCUCCUUCGGGUUCGGCCACCGGGCUCCCACCUCUGCCUCCCCUGACCACUGGUUUCCCAGCAGCAGGCGGUGCCGCAGCCCCAACUGGUGGUCUAAGCAGCAACCUGCCUGUGGCCAGCGGCCCACCAGCGCCUUUUGGCAACACUUCGGUCUCUCAGACCACACUGACUGUCGAGGCAACGACAGUCCGUACCGUCAUCUCUUGUGCUCCAACCAUCACCAGCUGCCCUGCGGCGUCUGAUACUGGCGCCAUCUCAGCUCUGCCUUCUGGAGCUGUCUCGACUGUGAUUGUUACCGACACUAUCGCUCAGUACACGACCAUUUGCCCCGUCACAGCAGCUUCAUCGCUUUCCUCUUCGAUCGCGUCGAGCUUCUCUUCAGCCAUUACCACAGUCACUGCGAGUGGAACUGAGUCUGUCUUCAUUCCCAGCGCAUCCCAAUCCAGCAGUAGCACCGUGAUUAACGUGCCCACCGUCGUCACUAUUACUGUCGGCGGGACUCCUUCGUUGUCGUCUUCGACUGUCCAGGUCACUACGGAGCUGCCUCCCAACAAUGCCGGAGUUCCUGGCAGCGGAGAUGGAUCGUUCGGCUCCACAUCUACCCAGGUCACUGUCAUCUCUGUCCCUACCACGAUUCUUACUACCAUCAGCGGCGUGCCUACCACAAUCUCCUCAGUCGUUCCAGUCACGAGUGCGCUCGCUAUUGGCGGUGGCUCAGGCCAGAACGGCGGCGGUCAGAACGGCGGCGGCUCGAAUGGUGGUGGCCAGAAUGGUGGCGGCCAGAACGGCGGCGGUGGCUUCGGCGGCGGCGCAUCUGCCUCUUCCACCGUGCAGACUGUGAUCCCCACAGUCAGUGUUGUCACUGUCACAGUUGAGGGAGGAGGCGAGUCGGCCUCCACGUCCACCGGCCUUCUCACGAGCAGCGUUGUCGUGCCCGUCAGUGGUGAGGCCUCGGCGACUACGGAAGUCAGCCCCGAGUCACCUUCUGCCUCCUCGACAGUGGAGACCGUCCUGCCGACUCAGAGCGUCGUGACGGUGACUGUGGGUGGCAACCAGACCUUGUCGACCUCCACCGGCCAGCUCACUACCACGGUCGUCGUCCCUGCGCCGGUGACCACCCCGCAGGUCACGCAGACCGUCUUUGUGACUGCCACCGGCGGUGGGGGCUCUGGAGCUGGGCAGUGCUCUGCCGUGACCGUUACCCAGACAGUCUGCGCCGUCAAUGGCGUCUGCCCUACCGGCGCGUCCAAACUGUAA